AUGAGCUCUGGGUAUUUGAGUCUCCAAGUUGUAUUUGAAUUUUGGAGGGAACCUGAAAGUUCGAAAGUUCGAAAGUUCUGUCCCACCCGUCCCACCCGUCCCACCCGUCCGGCCCGUCCCGUCCGUCCCAUCCGUUCUGUCCCGUCUGUCCCAUCUGUCCCGUCUGUCCCGUCUGUCCCAUUUGUCCGCAUCAUCCGCAUCGUCCGGCAAACAAUGAUCAUGUUGAAAUGUGCCGCUGAUCGUCUUUCAGGUAUCUCUGGCCUAACAUUAGAAGUCGCAUUUGUGUUUGCCUCAUUGGCAACAGGCCUCAAGGACAAUAUCAUUCUCACGCAGCCGGCUACAUACAACAUACGCGAGCUACCCUUGUUUCUUCCUCCUAGCAUUGUCGCUUUUCUGAGCAUUGCCUGCAAAUUGUCACCAGCAUCUGUGAAGGUGUGCUGGAGGGUCCUGAAGAGUAGUAUCUUGGCCGGCAAUUUUACCGUUUAUGAGAAGAUGAAAGACUUAUUCGAGAUGCAUGGGCACCCUCAUGGCCUUAGCUUGCUGCUCAGCAAGGCCAAACAGCGCAAAGCGGUCUACUUUGGCCACUCCGGUACAGUCCCUGCCUACAGUGUUCAACUGUAUUGUGAAUCCUGCAAGACAACUUAUCACACGAACUAUAAGGUCGUUGGUGACCGACGCAUUUACUAUGAUUACAUCACUGCACUGCCAGACAUUGUGCAGAUUGCGGAUCACUACUUCGUUGACUAUCGAAUAGUGAGGUUAUGGAAGGCCAUGAUGCACGCUUCCUGCACAUCAGCAACCAACUGCACACACAUAUAUAACAUUGCACUUGCAAAUGCAGAGUCCACGCAGUUCCCGGGCACAAAAUGGUUCGCCAAGGAUGUAACAAUGGACCAUGUUUGGAACGCCUUCAUCAUUUGCACACUCCUUGAAGAUUGCUGUGAACGCCAUUGUGUCCUCAAUAUCGGUCAGACCAUCAACCAGAACGAGCGCUUUGUCGAGGCAAUGUCAGACAGGAACCGACGCAUGCGGAUCUAUAACCAACCACUUGCUCGUCGGCACUUUUGUGUUAAGUGUACCCGGAUUUACAAUCAUGGUGAUACUGCCAACAAACUGGUUUCUGUCGUUGUGGUGGAUGGCGUUGUUGUGAGCCGUCCAUGCUGCUCUAUCCCCAACUGCUGGGUCCAUCUCCGUACCCCACAAGACCAUUUUUGUCCUACCCACUCUUCCCGCCUCAAUCAAUGUGCAAUCAAGGGCUGUGCACGAUCUGUCAUGUCAGGUAGCCUUACGUGCGACAUCCGCGCACACCAGGAGUCUGAAGCACUGCACACUCUGCGGGGCAAGCGUCUUGCAAAUGUCCAGGUUGGAGCUGAUGAUGAUGCAGACGACGAUGACGGAACACAAGCUAUCGGAGAGGAGGAGUAUGACGUGAAAUUGGGAAAGAAGAAGAGGCUUCGUGCGCAGUUCACCCACAACUAUACUCAUUGUGAGGAGUUGAUUGUCACACCUUGUGGAAUGAUUCAUGCUCGUGAGACCAUGCACAAUGCCAAGGGAGUAGGAAGUGUUGCUGAAUUUAUUCACCGUGUCUUCCGGGACCCAGAGACACGCCCAACACACGUGUUCUUUGAUAACAACUGCCGACUCGCGCUGCACGUUCAGAACGAUCCAUUCUUUCAAGAUAUCGGCCUUUCUGUCGAUGUCUUCCACUUCGAGUGCAAACAUUCAAAGCAAGACACAUUCUGCCAAGAGAACUGUAACCCUGCUGCAUUUCCAGAGCUGAAGACAGAUGAUGGGGAGUGGUACUUCAACUCUUCGGCUUGUGAACAGGUCAAUUCGUGGUUCGGUAAAUUCAAUCCUAUCACGCGAGGCAUGAAGCCAGUGAAGUUUGAUUUCUUCCUCGACGAGAUGAUCUUAUGCAGGAAUCAGGAGACCUUGAAAAGAUUAGAGAAGACUGGCAAGAAACCCGCAGUUUGGACCUCGGACAUGUAG